UAAUGAUUCGGAUUAACCCAGCGGGUUCAACGGUUCGGGUUAGAGAUUUGACAGCCCUUAUUAUUAGGAUAUCUGAUGUUUUGCAAAUUGCGUUGCCGCUGUAUUCAUCCUUCCUCCCUUUGACAGUCUUCGCCGGAGAUUAUACGGUGCUCGGCGGCGCCAAGACAGAGAGGAAUACUACUUCCCUAUCGGCGCAGAGUCGUAAUUACCAUCACCUUUGCUGCCCGAGAGAAACAAAAAUGAACAAGAAGAAGGUUUUCCAACUUGCUAAGGGGUUUAGAGGCAGAGCAAAGAAUUGCAUAAGGAUAGCAAGAGAGAGGGUAGAGAAGGCACUUCAGUAUUCUUAUAGAGAUCGCCGCACCAAGAAGCGUGAUAUGCGCUCUCUUUGGAUUGAACGCAUCAAUGCGGGUUCCCGCCAACAUGGGGUAAAUUAUGGUAACUUCAUGUGUGGGCUGAUGAAGGAAAAUAUUCAGUUGAAUAGGAAGGUAUUGUCAGAACUGGCCAUGCACGAACCCUACAGUUUCAAGGCUCUGGUCGAUGUAUCACGCAAUGCUAAUCCAGGAAACAAAAUAGUUGAACCUAAGAAGGUAGGCCUUGCUGCUGUUCUGUGAUGGGUGGUACUGAACACCUUGCUUGUUUGUUUACUCCUUUUGAGCAACAUUUUCUUUCACCAAAAUAUUUGGCUUGAAGGCUGAAGCAUCAUUACUGCUGCAACAAGAUUUCGUCUAAUUCUUUGUUGCGUUGUUCACUCUUUCCGGGAAUUAAGAUGAAAUAGAGAACUUGCUUUUUUUUAAUGGGUAAAAAACCUCUAUCGACAUUGCAUAGUGCAGUUCUCUUCGGUGGUGAUGUUUUGGGGGCUAAAGAAUUUAGGAUCCUAAAGUUUAGUUGAGCUUGAUUAACCCAGGUCUUUUUUCCUGGUUAGUUGAUUAUCCUAGGUUUAUUUGUGUAUGAAAGUUGGAUUGCAUACUUGCAUUCAGAUUAUAAAGAAUAGGAUCAAGAUUUGAUCUCUCUAGGCACCAUUGACAAUUAACAACUUCGCAAAUGUACACUAUCAUAAGCUAUUUUUGAUUCACCUGAA